ACCUCGCGACGCGUCGGCGGCGGCGCGGCGCGGCGCGGCUCGGCGGCGUCCGUAGAGCCCUCUGUUUAUACAGUCGAGAGCGGCGGACCGGCGGGCAGACGGCGCCUGUCCUGCUGGACCACCUCGGCAGUCCAGACGGGCCGCGACCGAGCCCCCAUCGCGCGUCCGCUGCUCCUCCUCGGCAACAGACCCACGAGCGGUGCGCCGGGGUGAGCGACUGGUGAGGUGGUGAUCUUUGCCAGCGCGACCGAGACGCUGCGGCGAUGGGUGUGCUGUGGCCGGGACGCCCGCUGGCCCCCGCGGUGGUGCUGCUGCUGGUGAUUGGUGUGCACGGGAUCCCCAAGAGCGAGUUUUUCCCGUACGGUGCCGAGGUGUAUGAUGAUGUGCUGCCUAAGAAGGACGAGAUCUCCAGUCCCGAGCUCAAGUUCACCACGCCGCUGUUGUUCUACAAACAGGAGUACAACGGAGCCUAUAUAAACAGCAACGGGCUGCUGUCGUUUAUGACGGAGCUGCCGAACUUUUAUAACGUGCCGUUUCCUCUGGACUACCCGCUGAUCGCGCCUCUGUACUCAGACGUGGACACGAGGGGCGCCGGCGACGUCUUCUACAGGGUAACGUACGAAGAGGACGAGCUGCGUCGGUUCGACGAGCGGAUAGCGCGCUAUUUCAGCGGCGGGGCUAGCUUCCAGAGCCAGGAGCUGCUGGUGGCCACCUGGGACGGCGUCGGCUACUAUAACUCCAGGGCGGACAAGACCAACACGUUCCAGCUGGUGCUGGGCUGGAACGGUCGCGAGACGUUUGUCCAGUUCCUGUACGCUGACGACGGUAUCCAGUGGAUCGCUGGGGAGGGGAAGACGGCACACCACAAGGAUGCGCGCGGCCAGGCGGGCCUCAUCAGCGGCGACGGACGGUACACGGAGCUGCGACACUCGGGAACCGACCAGGUCCGGCAUCUGGACAGGUUGUCCAACUGCCAAGAGGCGGGAGUCUACAUUUACAGGAUCGGAAGAAUUGAAGGAAAUAAAUUGGAUGAACCCGACAUCAAUGUUGGAUCCGGUCCAGCCAGUCUGGAGCAGUCGGCCACGUGCGCCACGGGAAGCAUCACGUGCCACUCGGAGGCCACGUGCCACGACCACGAGGACGGAUUCUGCUGCGUCUGUAACGCCGGCUUCUACGGCAACGGAAAAAGCUGUCUGACGCGGGACGAGCCGCUGCGUAUCAUGGGCGAUGUGUUCGGCACGCUGAACGGCUUCACCAUCGACGGCCAGCAGCUGCAGGCGUACGCGGUCGUCUCGGACGGCCGGUCCUACACCAGCGUGGCCAAGGUGGUGGCCGAGCUGGGUUACGACUUCCAGACCCUGAUGCCAGUCAGCGACAUCGUGGGCUGGAUGUUCGCCAAGCCCGCCACCGGCGUCCGAAACGGAUUCCAGAUGACCGGCGGUGUGGCCAAUGCCACGAUCGACGUGGACUUCCCUCAGACGGGCCACCACGUGGUGCUACAGCAGGACUUUGGCGGCCUGAACGUGUUCAACCACCUCAGCGUGGAGACGCGUCUGAACGGCGCGGUGCCGGCCAUCGCCUUCGGAGAGAAGGUGGAGAUGGACGGCUACACCAACACCGUCGUCAGGAUCGGCAGAGGUCGUCUGAGGAUCACCUCUCAGCGUCAGUUCCGCCAGGCGGGGAACGCCAUCAGCAUCCCGAUGAACCUGGAGGCAGAGGUGCAGUUCGACGAGUGUCCCUGGCAGCCGGAGCAGGAGGAACUCAACCAGCUCAGACACAUCGUUGAUCGGAACUUCAUCGUCUACGAAGAACCGGAGCAGAUUGUACGUUUCGCCAGCUCAAACAAUAUCGAGGCGAUAUCAGACGAGAGUCCGUGUAAGGACGCGGAGAGGAAGUGCGGCCCCAACUCUGUCUGCACGCCGGAGGGACACAGCGGCUACCGGUGUGACUGCCGACCCGGGUUCACGUACGAGUACCGCGAGGGUCCGUCGGACGUGCCGCCGGAGGAGCUGCGGAUCUGUGUCGACAUCGACGAGUGCCGUCAGGGCGAGGACAACUGUCACGAGCACGCCAUGUGCACUAACGAGUUCGGCAGCUACUCCUGUCUCUGCAUGCCCGACUACACCGGCAACGGACAGAACUGCGAGAAGUUGCUGAGCUGCGCGGACCUCACGUGCGGCGAGAACGCCGCCUGCUACGAGUACAGCCGCGGCAGUCCGGUGUGCGAGUGCGACAUCGGCUUCACCGGAGACGGCACCCACUGCGAGGAGGUGGUGACCCCGGCACCAUCCGGAGCGCCAGACGCGUCCUGUCGCAGCUCGUCCGACUGCGGUCUGAACGCCGAAUGUCAGUUCAGCGAGUGGCAGCAGCGCGCGCUCUGUGUCUGCGCUCCCGGCUACACGGCCCAGGCCAACCGCUGUGUGGCCACCGACACGACUCCGGGACCGUGUGGCGACUUUUUCUGCCACUCUCACGCCUCGUGUGUGGAGGUGGAGCUCGGCAGACCGGGCUGCGUGUGCGACCCGGGCUUCUACGGCAACGGACUCGAGUGUCGCGCCGCCGAGCAGCAGGGCAACCUAUGCCAGUCGGCCAACGACUGCGGGCCUAACGCCGAGUGCAUCUUCGCCGACUGGGCCGGAGGCAACGUGUGCGUCUGCCUGCAGGGCUACUUCGGCGACGGCAUGCGCUGCGUGGUGGCCACACCGCUGGCCGUGCUCUGCGGCGGUGUCGAGUGCCACCCGGCGGCCGAAUGUGUGGAGCUCGAGGGAGUACCGCAGUGUGUCUGUAACGCCGGACUCCAGGGAGACGGCUACACCGUCUGCAAGACGCAGCCCGUCGAAAAGCGUUGUGACACGUUCGCCGACUGCGGCCCCAAUGCCGAGUGCGACUUUGCCGACUGGCUGGGCGCCAACAUCUGCUUCUGCAGGGCGGGCUUCUUCGGCGACGGCGUCAACUGCUCCGUGGCCACCACGGUCGCAGUGCUCUGCAGAGACGUGACCUGUCACGAGCACGCCGAGUGUCUCGAGUACGAGGUCAACAACCCGCAGUGCGUCUGCAAUGUGGGCUACAUCGGCGACGGCGUCAACUGCGAGGCCGCCCCGGAGGACAUCCCCUGUGAAACGGACGCCCAGUGCGGCGCCCACUCCACCUGCGUGUACGCCCCGUGGGUGGACCGCUACGUGUGUCUCUGUGACCAGGAGUACGUCAGGGAGGGCGGCCAGUGCGUGUUCGUCGGCCCCAUUGUCGACCCCCUCCCAGGAAUGGGUGGCUGUCUGCAAGACUCGGAUUGUGCCGUCGGAGAGAUCUGUGACUACGAGGUGGCGACGGGUCUGUUCGUGUGUAUGCCGACGCCGACAACGGAGCCCAGCCCGUCAGCCGCACCGUCGCCGGACCGCGACUGCUCCGUGGACAACAUCUGCUCAGAGAACGGCGUGUGUGGGUUCGACCUGACGGCCGACCGGUUCGUCUGCGCCUGUAUGGAAGGCUUCGAGGGUGACGGCUUCAACUGCCAGCCGGCGACCACGCCGGCGCCGGAGGAGCAGCCCUCGGAGACGCCGGAGGGACAGCCCGAGGGACCAGAGGAACCCGAGGCAAUUCCGGAGAGGUUGGACUCGACCUGUGUGUUCGGUUUCUGCGUGUGUCCGGACGGCUAUCAGCUCACAGACGAUCAGGAGGAGUGCUUCCUGCUAAAAGAUGACGAAGAUCAGACGCCCCUACCGUACUGCUACGACGGCGCCUGCUACUGUCCCGUCACCUACCGCUACGACAAGGUCAUGGAAAAGUGUGUGCCUACUGGCGAGGGAGAGUACGACACCAAGGGUCCCAGCGGCACCGACGGAGAAGAGGGAGAAGCGGGAGAGGAAGUGGCGCCCACCGCAGUCACUGAGGCUCCGGCCGAGGUCCCAGAGGUCCCCGAGUGCCGCGGUGACGAGGACUGCGACGUGCACGCUCUCUGCUCCUACAACGCCACCAACGGUCGCUACCAGUGUUCGUGCUUCCCCGGCUACACGGAAGAUGGCUCUGUGUGCACGCCCGACCCGAACGCCGACUGUUCCGUGCUGAAGGACUGCCACAAGGAUGCUACCUGUGUGUACGACCAGGAUGCCGACCGCUACCACUGCCAGUGCCGCCGAGGCUACGAGGGAGACGGCCGUCAGUGUGACGAGGUGGCCAUCAGUUGUAAUAUCGUCAACAACUGCGGAGAGCGGGCCGAGUGCAUGUACGUGCCGGAGGAGCUGCGCUUCAGCUGCCGGUGCCGACCGGGAUUCUCCGGUGACGGUUACACGUGCCGGCCCAGUAUCAGCUGCUACGACGAGCCCACUCAGUGUGACGUCAACGCUGCCUGCGUGCCCGACCUCGACGGCUUCCGCUGCGUCUGCCUCAAGGGAUUCGUCGGUGACGGUCGCCGCUGCAGCCCUGCACCGCGCCACGAGGGCGGCUUCCUACUGCUGAACCAGGGCUCUGCCAUCGUGAAGGUGCCGUUUGAGGCUAGGAAGCGGGGCCGGCCCAUCAUCCUGGAGCCGACACAGACAGCAGUCGGCAUCGACACAGACUGUCUGGACGGCCGUAUCUUCUGGAGUGACGUGGCAGGGAGGAAGAUCAAGGCGGCCGCCUACAACGGCUCCCAGAGGGUCGACUUCGCCAUGGGAGGCAUCAGCUCCCCAGAGGGCGUGGCGGUCGACUUUGUGUCCCGUAACGUGUACUGGACAGACUCAAGCCGCGACGCCAUCGAGGUGGCCAGUAUCGAGACGGGCAACCGGUUCACCGUCAUCAGCAGCGGCCUGGUCAACGUGCGCGGUGUGGCCGUCCACCCGGGGCGCGGCACCAUCUACUGGGCCGACUGGAACCGUCGCGAGCCGCGGAUCGAGCGCGCCGCGCUGGACGGCUCCAACCGGCAGGUGCUGCUGGACGCGGAGCUCGGUCUGCCCAACUCGCUGGCCAUCGACUUCGCCACGGACGAGCUGUGCUGGACCGACGCCGGCACCAAGAGCGUCGAGUGUUUUUCGCUGACGCACCGGACCCGCCGGCUGGUGGCUGACGGCGCCAGCUACCCCUUCGGCAUCGCCAUCACUGACGACAACAUCUACUGGACCGACUGGAACGAUAAGAAGAUCCACGUCGUGAACAAGGCGACGGGCGAGCGUGGCAAGUCGCUGCGGUCGGUGCUGGGGACGUCUGGGAAGCUGUAUGGACUGGUGGCUACGCCUCGGACCUGUCCUCAGGUGACGAACGUGUGCGGACGUCAGAACGGCGGCUGCCCGGCCGAGCAGCUGUGUCUGCCCACGGACGGCGGAAGUCGAGUCUGCACCUGCCCGGACCAGUACGUCACCGAACCCUCGGGCCCGUCCAUCUGCCGACAAAACGGAGACGGCCGCUGAGCGUGACACCUACCGGCCCGAUCGGCCUGCCACCUACCGCCAACUGCGGGACACACGCUAAAAGUCCUACAGUGGACUUUGUGCUGAAAGAAGAACGCGGAUGCAGUGUGCUGUUACUGUUCGAGUGAAAGGAAGCAAUGGCAGAAGGAAGCAACUAGCCUAUAGUAGCAAUGUGCGUGAGCGCAGCUAGUGAGAAAGUGGAUGACAGAGCUUGUGAGUACUUGUGCGUACUAGCCCCAUCAACUAAGGGCGCAUCGCAUUACGUAAAACGAGCGGAUGGCAACGAUGAUCGUAAACAGCGAAAAGCGCACGCCCUGAGGUAGUCGUUUAAAGAGUGAUGUACCUUUGUACCGUUUUUGGAACAUCAUGCAUUUAUGGGUCAGCCAUUUCACUGCCAAGCUUCUGCAUACCGCUUGUGUUUUCUUUGCGCGCCUCAUCGUCGAUUUUGUACUUCAGUUUUUUUUUUUUGCAAUGACACUAUUAUUGGGUAUUGGCCCUAUAUUCGUUUAAUGCAACCUUUCCUCCUAACAUACAUAUGGCAUGUUAAAAGAUCGAUUUGAUAUACCUAGUUGAUACGCUGCGUCCUAUACCCACCUAAUGUGUCCUGAAAGAUCAUUGUUCGGUUUCAGGUGUGUAAGGCACAGAUAUAGGUCUAGUUCUGUCGUUAGUUGGCACGGGAAUGAUGCCCCUUAGUGCCAUGCCUCCCGUUUGUUAGAUUGGCCCGUCUGUGUGCGAUAGAGCCCUCCUAACGUCCUAGGUCGCUGUCACGGUCCUCGGUUGGCGCGUGCGGGCUAAGAAACGGCGACCUUCAGUAAGCGUGUACUGUUGUGCCUUCACAGGUGUUUGAGGCCGGCCUGCAAUACACAUCAGAGUACACAGUC